AUGUCCGGAUAUACAAAGGAACAAGAGGUAAUUGUCAAAAGGAUUCUUAGUAAUAAGGGGAAUUUUUACAAAGUGUUAUCUGUUGAAAAAACCUCGACGGAUGGAGAGAUAAAGAAGGCCUACAGAAAGUUGGCACUCAAGAUCCACCCUGAUAAAAAUAACCACCCCAAUGCUCCCGAGGCAUUCAAGGCAGUCUCAAAGGCCUUUGAAAUAUUGUCUAAUGAGGAUCAAAAGAGAAUAUACGAUCAAACAGGACAGGAUCCUAGUCUGAGAGGGGCGCAAGCCGCAGCCAGUGGGUUUAGUGGAUUCAGUGGGUUUGAUGGAGCAACUAGAUCAAGAGCAUCUGGGGGUAGAGCACAAGAAUUCCAUUUUACUGGCAAUGGUUUUGAUGAAGACAUAUUCAAUAUUUUCUUUGGAGGAGGAGGAACACCAGGAAUGCACUCGUUUACAUUCGGACCGGGUGGAUUUCAAACUUUCGGAGGGCCAACAUUUCAAACCAGAAGAACAAGAACCGGUGCUACCGCUGGAAGUGGAAAUCAGCAAACCAAUGGAAGAGAGUCUCUUGUUUCAAAUCUCACUCAACUUUUGCCGAUUAUUAUACUCUUGUUAUUUUCAUUGAUUACAUCGUAUUUUAAUGGUAGCGAAGCCAAUGUACCCCAAUACAGUUUUACUCAGCAGAAACCAUAUGAGCAUGAAAGAAACACCCCUAAUUUUGGCGUUAAAUAUUACAUUACCAGAGAGAAGUUCGAAGACUCCAAGAUCAAAGACUUGAAUAAGUUGGAUAAGAGUGUGGAGGGUCAAUAUAUUCAAAACUUGAAUUUCAAAUGUACUUUGGAACGGAAUGAAAAACAGCAGAUCUUAGCUGAUGCUCAAGGGUUCUUUUAUAAUGAUGAAGAGCUUAUCAUGAAGGGAAACAAUUACCCAAUGCCUUCUUGUGACCGCUUGAAAUCUUUAGGAUUGAUAUGA